AUGGAUCGAGUCCGGAAACGCUACAACAGCGCCAAAGAGUCCCUCGAGGGCAAACAGCACCUGUCAGGAUGGGUUCUGCCAAAACAGCAGUCCUCCUUUGCUCCAGAUGGCACCUGGACCAAUGUCGAUAUGGAUGUUACGCCUGUAGAGCGGCGGACGUGGAAAUCAUCGUCAAUUAUUGGGUAUUGGUUGAGUGACAUUCUAAGCGCACAAAGCUGGGAAAUUGGUGCCUCCGUCCUACAGAUAGGCCUGACAUGGCGCGAAGCAGUAUACUGUUGCACCCUAGGCUCGUUCAUUAUGGCUCUCCCCAUUGCCUUCAACGGUGCCCCCGGAGCCUUUUUGCGAGUCCCCUUCCCCAUCUGGAUUCGGGCUUCAUUCGGCUAUCACUUCGCCAAAUUUGCGAUCGUCGUUCGUCUCGUGACAGCCCUAUUCUGGACUUCAAUUCAAACCUAUACUGGAGGCACAGCGGUGACGGUGAUGCUUACUGCCAUUUGGCCCAGUUACAAAAACAUUCCCAACUAUCUACCUGCAUCGGCUGGGAUCACGUCGCAGGGUCUAUUGAGUCAUUUGUUGUUUUGGCUGGCACAGGUACCGUUCGUCGUGAUUCGGCCACAUAAAUUAAAAUGGUUCUUCGUCUUCAAGGCUUUUAUCACUAUUACUGCAGCUACAGGUACAACAAUUGCUAUUUGCAGAAUGGCACAUGGGUCAGGGGAUAUCUGGGAUCAGAAACCGACUGUUUCCGGCUGGACCAAGGCAUGGCUUAUCGUUUCGACUUUGAACGCGCAGACUGGAAGCUGGUCAACUGUUGGAACAAACAUCUCAGAUUUUACUCGCUACGUCAAGAACCCCCGUACCAUUUAUAUCCAAACCAUCGUCUUUCCAUUGAUCUGUAUCUGGCUCGCUCUGCUGGGUAUCAUUAGCGCAUCGGCCUCAAAACGGGUCUAUGGAGAGUAUGUCUGGGACCCCGUCACUCUUGCUAGCUACUGGACAUCACCCGCUGGUCGUCUCGGGGCGUUUUACUGUGGUUUUGCGUGGAUAAUAGCUCAAAUUGGAGUCACGGUUUCAGCCAACAUCAUCUCCGCGAGCAACGACCUGUCCUCCUUGUUUCCCAAAUACCUAAACCUUCGUCGUUCAGCAUUGAUGGUGAGCAUCACAGCAGCGUGGGUCAUGGUCCCAUGGAAAAUCGUCACCAGUGCCGAGAGUCUUCUCAAUUUCAUGGCGAGCCUAGGUAUCUUCCUUGCGCCCAUCAUCGCCAUUUCAAUUGCCGAUUACUGGAUCGUGAAGAGGAGGAGAGUCGAUGUUCCGGGGCUGUAUCAACCGCAUGGACGAUAUGCUUAUAGACAUGGCUUCAAUUGGAGAGCAUGCACUGCGUUGAUAGUGAGCAUUGCGCCUACGAUGCCUUCGCUUGUGCACAAUAUCAACGCCAGUAUUGACAUUGGCGGAGCAAUCUAUAUUGCGGACUUGACUUGGUAUUAUGGAUUUUUAAGUGCCUUUCUUGUCUAUACUGUUACGAGUUUACUGUUCCCCGCCCAAGAUACGCUGCUUUCUACGGACGAGAUUGAUGCGUUGGAGGUGUCUACCGAGACGGUGAUGGAGAAGGCUGAAAAGUCUGAUGCUUGA